AUGGAUCAUCCUCCUCCGCCCGUCCUGAAUUUGCAAAGGCCAGCCGAAAGGGACUCCCAGCCUCAAAGACCGAAGUUCUCACCCGACUGGUCAACCGCACACUCAGAACAGAAAUGGGAGAUUCUCUGGCACCAGAAACGCUUCACCAUCUGGGCUCUGUAUAGCGCCAUUGGCGGCGUUAUGUUUGGCUUCGACUUCGGCCUUGCAGGCACCCUCACCGCAUUGCCGGCUUUCCAACGCGUCUAUGGAAAGCCAUACACUUCACAAACUUCUGGAUAUCUGGUUCCAGCAAACUACCAGUCUGGCUGGGCUGGUAUUUCAAUGGGUGGACUCAUUGUCGGUGUCUUGCUCGGUGGACAACUGCUCGAGCGUUUGGGACGAAGACACUCGCUAGCAAUGGGAGCGGGCUUGACGGGUGUCGGGGUUGGGAUGCAACUGGGAAGUGUAGAGUGGAAACUGUUUUUGUGCGGGAGGGGGGUCGCCGUGAUUCUUGUCGGGGGAUACCCCUUCUAUCCCGAGUCUCCAUAUUAUCUCAUCUCAAAAGACGAGACCGAGAAAGCUAGGAAAGCCCUAACACAAAUCUACGGCUCCAGCGACUCUUCUCUUAUUGACGCCGACCUGUCCAGAAUCUCGGCAAACGUCACAUUUAGCAAAGAAGUCCAGGCAGCCGCAGCCCAGAAAGGUCCUCUCCUCUUGCAAUGCUUCCGCGGAACGAAUCUGAAACGCACCACUAUCGCCAUCCUCCCCGUCGCCGCCCAACAGCUUAUUGGUGCCCCUUUCGUUCUCGGCUACGUCACCUAUUUCCUCGAACUUAUUGGCGUUACAGAGUACUUCACAGUCUCAACCGUGCUAUACGCUGUCAUGCUACUAGCGAACAUCUCCGCCUUCUUCUUCAUUGAAACAACGGGAAGGCGGCCGUUAAUCGUGUACGGGACCGCUGUUCUAACUCUACUGCUCUUAGUGAUGGGUAUCGUGGGCUGCGUCUCCACAUCUGCGGCAAAGUGGGCUGUUGUGGUGUUGAUAUUCCUGUGGUCCAUCGUCUUCCAACUCACCCUCGGCGCCAUCGGCUUCGCCAUCGGAUCUGAAAUUUCCUCGCUCCCUCUUCGGGCCUCCACGCAGUCUAUCAUCGGCGUCACGCAAGGCUUUAUGGGCUGGCUUGUCGGUUUCAUAUCUCCGUAUCUCAUCAACCCUGAUGCGGGGAAUCUGGGCGCGAAAGUUGGGUUUGUGUUUGCAGGGUUUGGCGUGCCGCUUUGUGUAGCAUUUUGGUUCCUGAUUCCUGAGACGAAGGGGCUGGGGUUUGAUGAUAUGGAUUACCUGUUUGCGCGGAAGGUGCCAUGUCGCCGGUUUGGGGACGAGAUUCGGAAGCGGAGGGCAGAAGAGAGUGGGAGGGUUUUGGAUGAGGAGAAGGCUGAUACCUGAGGUCUAGGGGCUAAAUAUCACGUGGUACGCACGUGCCUUUGACUUUGGAGUGGUAUAAAACCCUCUUUUCUGCCUCUAGGGUGCAGGGGAGAGAGGAAAGCUGGAGAUUUUACGAAAAAAAGGUAGGC